GCAUUUCCAGGCGCCGCUCUCCGCCGCAGAGGACCCUGUGCUCGGCGCGCCGAGAGUCCCAGCAGGGCAAGGGGGCGCGGCGUCCUGGUCCUCGAGCUUGGGAGACAGAUGCGCAUGGGCGUGGGGGCAUGCGGACCUAAGCUCGGGUGAAGCUCUCGGGAAGGGCAAGACUGCGGCGACGAGAUGCGAGCAGAGGAGCCCUGCGCCCCCGGGGCCCCCAGCGCCCUGGGAGCCCAGCGCGCGCCGGGCCCCGAGCUGCGUCUGUCCAGCCAGCUGCUGCCCGAGCUCUGUACCUUCGUGGUGCGCGUGCUGUUCUACCUGGGGCCUGUCUACCUAGCUGGCUACCUGGGGCUCAGCAUAACCUGGUUGCUGCUCGGCGCCCUGCUGUGGAUGUGGUGGCGCAGGAACCGCCGCGGGAAGCUUGGGCGCCUGGCCGCCGCCUUCGAAUUCCUUGACAAUGAACGCGAGUUCAUCAGCCGCGAGCUGCGGGGCCAGCACCUGCCAGCCUGGAUCCACUUCCCGGACGUGGAGCGGGUCGAGUGGGUCAACAAGAUCAUCUCUCAGACCUGGCCCUACCUAAGCAUGAUCAUGGAAAGCAAGUUCCGGGAGAAACUUGAGCCCAAGAUCCGAGAGAAGAGCAUCCACCUGAGGACCUUUACCUUUACCAAGCUCUACUUUGGACAGAAGUGUCCCAGGGUCAGUGGUGUCAAGGCACACACUAAUACGUGCAACCGAAGACGUGUGACUGUGGACCUGCAGAUCUGCUACAUCGGGGACUGUGAGAUCAGUGUGGAGCUGCAGAAGAUUCAGGCUGGUGUGAACGGGAUCCAGUUGCAGGGCACCCUGCGGGUCAUCCUGGAGCCCCUCCUAGUGGACAAGCCCUUUGUGGGAGCCGUGACUGUAUUCUUCCUUCAGAAGCCGCACCUACAGAUCAACUGGACUGGCCUGACCAACCUGCUGGAUGCGCCGGGAAUCAAUGAUGUGUCAGACAGCUUACUGGAGGACCUCAUUGCCGCCCACCUGGUGCUGCCCAACCGUGUGACUGUGCCUGUGAAGAAGGGGCUGGAUCUGACCAACCUGCGCUUCCCUCUGCCCUGUGGGGUGAUCAGAGUGCACUUGCUGGAGGCAGAGCAGCUGGCCCAGAAGGACAACUUUCUGGGGCUCCGAGGCAAGUCAGAUCCCUACGCCAAGGUGAGCAUCGGCCUACAGCAUUUCCGGAGUAGGACCAUCUACAGGAACCUGAACCCCACCUGGAACGAAGUGUUUGAGUUCAUGGUGUACGAAGUCCCUGGACAGGACCUGGAGGUGGACCUGUAUGAUGAGGAUACCGACAGGGAUGACUUCCUGGGCAGCCUGCAGAUCUGCCUUGGAGAUGUCAUGACCAACAGAGUGGUGGAUGAGUGGUUUGUCCUGAAUGACACAACCAGCGGGCGGCUGCACCUGCGGCUGGAGUGGCUUUCAUUGCUUACUGACAAAGAAGUUCUGACUGAGGACCAUGGUGGCCUUUCCACUGCCAUUCUCGUGGUCUUCUUGGAGAGUGCCUGCAAUUUGCCGAGAAACCCUUUUGACUACCUGAAUGGUGAAUAUCGAGCCAAAAAACUCUCCAGGUUUGCCAGAAACAAGGUCAGCAAAGACCCUUCUUCCUAUGUCAAACUAUCUGUAGGCAAGAAGACACAUACAAGUAAGACCUGUCCCCACAACAAGGACCCUGUGUGGAGCCAGGUGUUCUCCUUCUUUGCGCACAAUGUGGCCACUGAGCGGCUCUAUCUAAAGGUGCUUGAUGAUGACCAGGAGUGUGCUCUGGGAAUGCUGGAGGUCCCCCUGUGCCAGAUCCUCCCCUAUGCUGACCUCACUCUUGAGCAGCGCUUUCAGCUGGACCACUCAGGCCUGGACAGCCUCAUCUCCAUGAGGCUGGUGCUUCGGUUCCUGCAAGUGGAGGAACGAGAGCUGGGGAGCCCAUACACAGGACCUGAAGCCCUAAAGAAAGGCCCUCUGCUCAUCAAGAAAGUGGCUACCAACCAGGGUCCCAAAGCCCAACCUCAGGAAGAAGACCCUACAGAUUUGCCAUGUCCCCCAGACCCUGCUUCUGAUACUAAGGACGCAUCCAGGAGUACCACAACCACCACCAGUGCUACCACUGUUGCCACUGAGCCCACAUCCCAAGAGACAGGCCCAGAGCCUAAAGGCAAGGACAGUGCCAAAAGGUUCUGUGAGCCCAUCGGGGAGAAGAAGAGUCCAGCCACCAUCUUCCUGACUGUCCCAGGUCCCCACUCUCCAGGACCCAUCAAGUCACCCAGACCCAUGAAAUGCCCUGCCUCCCCAUUCGCAUGGCCGCCCAAGAGGCUGGCUCCCAGCAUGUCCUCGCUCAACUCCUUGGCCUCUUCUUGCUUUGACCUGGCAGAUAUCAGCCUCAACAUUGAAGGUGGGGACCUCAGGCGACGGCAGCUGGGCGAGAUUCAGCUCACAGUGCGCUAUGUGUGUCUGCGGCGCUGCCUCAGCGUGCUAAUCAAUGGCUGCAGAAACCUAACACCAUGUACCAGCAGUGGAGCUGAUCCCUACGUCCGUGUCUACUUGUUGCCAGAAAGGAAGUGGGCAUGUCGUAAGAAGACUUCAGUGAAGCGGAAGACCUUGGAACCCCUGUUUGAUGAGACAUUUGAAUUUUUUGUUCCCAUGGAAGAAGUAAAGAAGAGGUCACUAGAUGUUGCAGUGAAAAAUAGUAGGCCACUUGGCUCACACAGAAGAAAGGAGUUAGGAAAAGUACUGAUUGACUUAUCAAAAGAAGAUCUGAUUAAGGGCUUUUCACAAUGACUUUACAAGACCAAAUAUACUUCUCAUCCCCUCCAACAUUCCUGGACCUCCUCUUCUCUCUUACCAACACAGACGACACUACCUGCUGUCAGUUUUCUGUCUCUGCCUCUGCCUUCACUGCCACUUUUCUGAAGCAGGGCAACAUUCGAGAACAAAGUUUUGUCAUGUUACUCUUAUUCCAGUUUUCUGCCAUCUGAUUCACAUGCAGAUGUUCUAUUCCAGAAUAGUCCAAAUACUGUGCUCUGCCGACUCAAGUCAUGUCUCAAACCUAUUUCCUCUAUUAAGUCAGUCAAUCCAUAGUGAAAUGGACUCUUCCCACCGCCUGUAGCAUUUACUGUUGAUACUGAGUAUUUUCCAUUUUAAUAGUUCCCAGCCUUUAUAACACUAAGUUUUAAGAAAUGUUGAUUAGGCAUCUGCUAAGGUUACAUGCUAAGCAGCUACUUAUAUUGUAUUUGGUAUUUAAUAUUUGUUUAUUCUCCAAUUGAACAGUAGGGAACAAUUCAAGCUACUUGAAUUGUUUUUCACCCUCACCAUCCAAGACCGUGUUAAGUACAUAGAAGAUGCAUGGUGAAAUUCGUUUCUGCUGAGGUUUCUAUUUUAAAUGGCAAAUUCUCAUAAUAAAAUGGAGCAUUGAUGCCUA